AUUUGCAGAGAAUGUGGUUGCCGCGGCUGAUGCGUGCGGCAAAUGAAGAACAGGAACACCGUUCUGCUGUUGGGUUGUCAGGUCAUACUGCACAAAACUUGCUCGGGACAUUGGUGACUUGCGACUGUGGACAUCUGGCAUCAUGCAGACGAACAGCAUCAUUGGUUUGCUCUCGAAACGAUACACAAGCAUUAAAACAUCGGUUUACCCUUGUUAAGUGGUGUUGUAUCGCAUUUCUUCUACUCAUCUUUACCCUCAUUGCUUUCUCUGGCUUGUUAACUUCGACACCUGCCGAACUGACAUCCGGCAACUCAUACCUCUUCCUGACAAUCAUUAUCACCAGUUUACUUUUGUUUGGUGGUUUGUGUUGUUUGCGUGCGCGUACAAUCUGCAAACAUCGUAAUGUUCGCCAUGGCUCGUUGCAUUGUCGUCAUGGCCAUUAUCAGUCACAUUCCCUCCGACUUCCUAUUUCGCUUUUUGCACAUAGUGCUUAUUCACGUCCACAUGUUCAUUCGUCUCCAAGCUCCUUUCGUUUCUCCGAAUCACCCUUCUAUAAUGCUCUUUUGGAAACCUGUACAGCUCCACUGCCAACGUACAAUGAAGCAGUUAAGGAACCCGUAUUUGCACCACCAGCUUAUUCAGCAAUAAUUACGCAUUCUUCAGCAACACCUGUUAGUUCACUAAACGAGACUCACCGUAUUUCAAGUUCUAUUCUAUCGUCAGCUGGGAGCGAAAGAAUAGGAGAAAGCACCAGUAGCAGUAGCAGUAGCUCUAAGCAGGAAUUGUUGGUACAGUUUCAGCCACAUGUAAUUGGAACUGUUACUUCUGUGGAAAUUCAUCAUAUGGAUGAGACGGAAAAUGAGGUCGUGCGGGCUAAAGAAAAUAAUUCUUCUGAUGAGUAGUUCCAUGGCAUGUUUUCUUUAUGUAAUCACACGCUGCUGCAUUAUUUGUGGUCACGUCAUGAAUAUAAUUGAUUGGGACUCUGAAACAGACUCGAAAAUUAAAGAAAAUAACGUUUUCGAUGCUGUUCAACUAAUCCGGGAACAUUGCCGAUUUAUCACUAUCGGGUAGCACAUUUAGGACUGUUCGUUUGGUAUGUUCACUUACCACUGCUUCAAGGU